AUGCCCGCUCUCACAAACUUAGAUACCAGUUACAUGCCAGCCACAAAAGUUUUAAGCCAUGAAACUGUCGAUGAAAUCGCCGACGAGAAACACAUCAAGAGAUUGAAUACAAAAACAAACGGCUUUGCAGCGGGAAGCAGCAUUAUCAACUCGGGAUUAUUUGUGCAGAAUGUCGCCCAGUUGAAAAUUAUCCUCGGGAAACAACGAAGAUGCGAAAAUUUCUGCGGUCCAGAAAAGCUCACCGAAGCAGAGUGCGUUGAUAGAAUCAGAAACGCGACGCAAGAGAGCUCGAUUUUUAGAGAUUUUGAUUGCAACUUCACCAACAUGGCAAUGCUCAAGGCUUUUAUCAUCACCUCUAUCAUAAUGCAAGUGAUUUAUGGACUUGUUGUUAUCAUCGAUGUCGCGAUUGGAGAGAAAGCCCUAGGAGCGAGCAUAACUUCUAGUGACCCAAAAGCGACGUCGAGCAAAGACCAUUUUAGUCCUGAACAUGAGCCUUGCAUUUCUUAUUUCAACUGUGAAUUUUUUGAUCGCUGGCUUUGA